GCGAUCGUCGCCGCGUUGAAAGCGGCGGGCGGGAAGGGUUUUGUGGCGGCGGCGGCGGUGGCGGUGAAGAGAAACGCGGCCCUGUCCUGUUGGGGGCUGGUCGCGCGGGAGACGCGCGGGGCCUUCUCGUUUUUUGUUUGUUUAGUUUCUCUCUAUCUCUGUGUGUGUCCGUGUCCUCGUUCUAACUCCACACACACCACUCCCGCCCCCCCCCCCCCCGACUUGCGCGGGGAGGGAACGGCGAGCCGUCGCCAUGAGGCGACGCCUGAAGGAGGGGCAGGGUUGUUGUAGUGGUGGUGGUGGUGGGGAGGAGGAGGAGGGGGAUGAGGCGGACGAGAAGGAGCCGGGAGCGAAGCGAGUCGCCUUGAGCGCCUCGCCCGGGACGGCGGCGGGAGACGGCGGCGGCCCCGCGGCGGCGUCGCCGCCGCCGUCCAUUCGCGCUCUAGGAGCCCAGCAGCCCCUGAACAGCGCGGCGGAGUCCACGAGCAGCGGUGACGAGGAUGAGGAGAGCGAGAGGCCCAUGUUGGGCGCCGGUGGGGAUGGCAGCGGUGGCAGCGGUAGCAGCAGCAGCAGCAGCACCGGGCCCUCCUGUACCACCUCUGCGUUACCGAUCUACAACUCCGUCUCGCAGAGGCUCAUGGCCAAGAUGGGCUUCCGUGAAGGUGAGGGCCUGGGCAAGCAUGGCCAGGGCCGCAAGGAAAUCGUCGAGGCGUCCACGCAGCGAGGUCGACGCGGAUUAGGCCUCACGCUGCCCGGCUUCGAGGGCAGCCUCGAGAUCGACUGGAGGAGUGAGCCUGAGCCCAGUGCGGACGAGCAGGUGAAGUGGCUUCCAGAGAGCAGCGAGCCUCCGCCCAUCGCCGAGCACAUGCAGCGGUGGAUGCAAGUUGGGCCGAAAAAGCACGCUCCCGAAGACGAAGUGGAGUUCUGUGACCUGCAAACCAUUCACAACGUACUGCGAUGUAAGAGCGUCUUCGACGAGCUGGACGGGGAGGAAAUGAGGAAGGCGCGUACGCGCUCCAACCCUUAUGAGACGAUCCGCGGGGUCAUCUUCCUCAACAGGGCUUCAGUGAAGAUGGCCAACAUGGACUGUGUGUUCGACUUCAUGUUCACCAACCCAAAGGAUAAAAAUGGGCAACCACUGGUGAACGAUAAGGGCGGCGAGCUGCUAUACUUUGCGGACGUGUGCGCGGGCCCCGGUGGAUUCUCAGAGUACGUGCUGUGGCGCCGUUCGUGGCAUGCCAAGGGCUUCGGCCUCACCCUGCGCGGCCCCAACGACUUCAAGCUCGAGGACUUCUUUGCGGCUCCCAGCGAGAUGUUCGAGGCGCACUACGGCGUUAGCGGAGUGGACGGGGACGGUGACAUCACGCGCUCCGACAACAUCGAGGAGUUCCGCCGCUUUGUGCUGUGCGGCACCGAGGGCCGUGGCGUGCACUUCCUCAUGGCCGACGGGGGUUUUUCGGUGGAGGGCCAGGAGAAUUUGCAGGAGAUUCUCAGCAAACAGCUGCUACUCUGCCAGGCACUGGUGGCGCUUUCCGUCGUCCGCAAAGGAGGUCACUUCGUGUGCAAGACCUUUGACCUGUUCACGCGCUUCAGCGUCGGAGUGAUCUACCUCCUGUACCGCUGCUUCUCCAGGGUGUGCCUCUUCAAGCCCGUCACCAGCCGCCCCGCCAACUCAGAGAGGUACGUGGUGUGCCGGGGCCUGCGAGGGGGCGUGGAGCACGUGCGCGAGUUAAUGCUGGCGGUGAACGCUGAGAUAAACCGGUUGAAGGGCGGCGAUGACGACGAGGUGCUGGAGAUUGUGCCGCUGUCCACCCUCAAGGGCGACCAGGAGUUCUUCUCGUACGUGUGCUCAUCCAACGAGAGCCACGCCAAGGUGCAGGUGCUGGCGCUGGCGAAGAUCCACGCUUUCGCACUAGAACCCACCCUUUACGAGCCACGGCAGGCGGAGGUGAGGAAGGCUUGCCUCGAGCGCUGGGGGAUACCGGACAAAGCACGAGUUGCUCGCCCCAUGAACGACCCCAAAUCCAAGUUUGCGGAGCUCAUUGAGCAGGAAAAGGACGUGGAAAGUUUUGGGCGUCAACCACUGGCGCUGACGUCCAAGUCGAUGGAAAAGUUGCGGCCCGUGCUGGACUACCGCUGCAUGGUGGCUGGAGGGGAGCAUAUCUUCCUGAUGGGCCUGGGGAAAACCCAGAUCUACAGCUGGGACGGGAGGCAGCCCGUGCGGUGGCGCAAACCGGAGGGGCUGCGCACAGAGCUCCCGCGCGACACACUGCUGCUCGUCGAGACAGUGCAGGAGCUCCGUGGAGAGGGGAGAGCACAGAGAAGAGUAACGGCCAUUCACAUCCUGGACGCGCUCAUCCUGUGCGGCACAGACGUGCGGAGCGAGCACUUCAACCUGCGGAUGCAGAUGGCUGAAAAAUUUGUCAAAGCCAUCGCGAAACCCAGCCGCUCAGACAUGAAUCCAAUACGGGUGAAGGAGCGAUACCGCCUGGAGGAGAUCGACCGCGUGUUCCUCAGACUGGAGAUGAAGGUGACCAAGGGUUCCGGCGGGAUGCCAAAACUGUCGUACACAGGACAAGACGACCGCCACUUCCUCCCGUCGGGCCUCUACUUUGUCCGCACCACACGGGACCCCUGGUGUAUGGCGUACAGCAAGAACUCUCGCAUGAAAUACUUCUUCAACCGAGAGAAGAACCAGUCCACGUUCGAGAUUCCGCCCGAGUCUGUGGCCACCUUCAGCGACUGCCACGCGACACGGCUGCUGUGGAGCUGGGCGGACGCGCGGGUGCAUGACUCGCAGGCCGCCACGCCACACCCCGACCACCUCAAUAAGGAGGACGUGCUCCAGUUUGUGCGCGAGCACUACCGCCCCUGACGGAGCCUUACGUCCGUUCACGCCCCCGCGGGCACCCUACGUCUCGACCGUGCCGUCUCCACCGGGCCCGCCGACUCGCCCAGCCUCACCACGCUCUCAACAUCCACGGCAAUCCAGCCUUCUAUUACGUAUCGUCCCGGCGGCGAACAGAAGCCGCUGGGUGGCGCGGCCUAGCACCAGCAUCGCCGUAGCGUGGGGGCGUGAGCGUUCGAAGCGUAUGCGGGAGCAUCGUGCAUGAGACGACCAUGCGGUUCCCAGCCCUGCUCGCCGGGUAGCCAUGGUAAUGAAGUCGGUAAUCUCCACAGAAGUGUUUCUGUCUCCCAGGGACAGCCGCGGCUUGUGGUGAAUGCAGGACGCCAUCUUAAAAGUAUCUUGUCAAUCCUGAGAGUAAAGCGUGGGAAUUAAAAUCGGCGUCAGGGUGUUGAUGUAUAUUCCAUAAACAUGCAUGACUGAAAUUUUCAUUCGUCCGUGGCAAACUUACAAACGCACGAGGGACAUCUUGUGUUCGUGGGCUGCACUUUCUAAUUGCGUUGCACGCGGAAGCACGGAGCUUUAGUUGGAUCCCUGGAGGCACUCAAGAAAUGACCGCUCUGCACUCUGCACACACUGCCGUCGAAGAGAUUGGAAGUGACUACUGAGGGACCGUGGCUUAGUGAUGGCCACAUUCUUCAUGGACCACUGGUAGAGGGGCGCCCGAGGCCCUGCAACAUGAACACUGAGUAGGCAGCUGCUUGGCUUGCUGAUCACGCCGUUUCUCUUGUACAUAAUUUAAUUGCUUUUAGAAAGAACGUGACUUUUUUUUACUGCGUUGACAUAGUUUCUAUAAAUGUACUCGCGUGAUUUUAAAUCCCCUUACAUUCGAAAGUCGCUGUGUUGGGAGUGUUAUUGGGGCAGCAUGCGUGUGGCAUUUAAUUAAACUGCGAUUCAUUUUGUUUAUUUUA